AUGCAGUGUUCUACUGAAUGCGGCAGUGGGACUCAGCAGAGAGAAGUCAUUUGUAUUAGGAAAACGGAAGGUAAUUUUGAUGUGUUGAACCCUCAUGAAUGUUCAUAUUUGGAAAGACCUCCCAGUCAGCAAUCCUGCCACCUCAAACCCUGUGGUGCAAAGUGGUUUCAUACAGAAUGGAGCACGUGUUCCAAAUCCUGUGAAGGAGGAUUCCGGGUUCGAGAGGUGCGAUGUCUGUCAGAUGACAUGACACCCAGUACUCAGUGUGAUCCACAGCUUAAACCUGAAGAAAAAGAACCAUGUAACACACAAGAUUGUAUCCCAGAAAUAGAUGAGAACUGUAAAGACAAAUACUACAACUGCAAUGUGGUUGUUCAGGCUCGGCUGUGUGUUUACACCUACUACAAAACAGCCUGUUGUGCAUCCUGUACACGUGUGGCAAAUCGACAGUCGGGAUUUCUAGGACGCAGAUAACAAAUACUCUCCUACCCAAAGCAGCAAUAUCUGCCUUCAGAUGGAGCUUGAACAGUGUUACUGUUUUGAUCACAGCAGGUUCUUCCUUCAUAAGAAGAUGGUUUUUAUAUUGCUGAGCACAUCAAGACUGGUUAAAUCUCACACCCUUUCAGUUACACCUAAUAUGCAGUUACAUAUGUUUUUAAAUGUUUGCUGUGAAACCAUGAUCUUUUUAAAGAAGUAUUUUUAAUGAUACUAUUCUUUGCACCUGUUCAUCAGAUAAUCAUUUAAAGAACCUACCAACCAACCUUAAUAUUGAGGAGUUAAUGAAAAGAAAUCAGUCGUAGGCAAUUAUUGAAGAUAUUUGAUCAGUGUGGAUGCAGCUGCUGCAUUAUUUCCUGAGUGUUUACUCUUGCUUGGUAUUUUGGACUGACGUAAAUUAGAACAAAUCAAUGAAACAUGCACAUCAGAAGAAUUACUUCACAAAAAGCCAGUCUCAUGAAGAACCAUUCAUGAUCAGUUUCGUAGCACCCUAAUGUAUGUUUUAAUUACUUCAGUCCAUGCAUAAUAAAUUAUUGUUAAGGUCUCUCAGUUGUACUUUUAACUAAUUCSUGUCCUCUAGCAACAACUAUAUGCACAGCUGACUGCCAAGAAGUGCCUUCAUGUUUAAUUCAUAAAGUUUAGAAGUUACACUUUUCUAAUUUUGUAUGGAUUUUAAAAGCAAUAUAUUAUCCACCAGAGUGCCGCUAGUGUCCAGACUUUUAAGACUUUAGCAACUGCUACUGACGGUGAGUUUGAGAUUUAAAGGUGAGGAAUCUUUGCUAGUAUUAAAGAAAAAAGGUGAUCGUUACUAUCAGCAAAAUCUCUGUCCUGCAAGAUAGUUAUUUCAGUGAACUGGUAUCUGGCCUAACAGCUUAUCUCUGCACAGUUGCUUGAGAACCACCAUCUGAGAUCAUCUACUCUGGAUACAUCACCGAGUAGUUUCAAAACCAGACAAAAGCUGUAGAUCUCUGUGUGUGUUAAUGGUCUGUUACUCUACUACUAGUAUCUACUCUAGUAUCAGGAUGCAGUAAGUAUGACGGUGCUUGCUGAGCAUCUGUAAUUAGGAGAUCUUAACUAUUUUACAGAUUUUGUUGCAAUUGUUACAGCAU